CACCUCCCUCACUCCACAGCCUUUCGCAAAAUCCCACCUCAGAGACAACGGACAGCAAUAAAAAGCCAAGGCCUUUUCUAAGCAUCCAAUCAUGUGGCCUUUCUCGCGCUCAUAUCCUGAGGUUCCGCCGUCGGAUGUGGACGGCAAAACUUAUGACUACAUUAUUGUGGGAGGCGGUACUGCUGGUUGCGCUGUUGCUUCGCGAUUGUCGGAAAACCCUGAAGUCUCGGUGCUGGUUCUCGAGAAAGGCCGUGUCAAGGAUAUUUUCCUCUCACGCAUUCCACUUGUCAGCCAGAAUUUCUUGUUCGGCGACAAGUUCCAAGUCGUCAGUGACCACUUCUCUGAGCCCGCUCCACAGGCCAACGGGCUCAAGAUGAAGCUUUGGACAGCCGAAGGCCUUGGGGGCGCGUCACGAAUCAACGGGAUGGUUAUGACUCGCGGGGCACCAGGCGACUACAACGCAUGGGCGCAGGAAAUGGGCCUUGAUGACUGGUCAUGGGAGCACGUUGAGCCGUUCUUCCAGAAGAGCGAAAAUGCCGUUGCCCAUCCAGCAUCUUCUGCGAGAGGUCAUAACGGCCCCAUCAUGAUUCAGCAGUUUCCAACUCCUUUCGCAUGGGGACCUUACAUCGACAAGGCGGCCAGAAAGGUCGGUCUUCCCAUCGUCGAGGACGUGAAUGACCCCAAAGCUCCAGCGAUGGGCUUGUACAGAUUGGAUCAAGCAGUGGACGAGCGCGGGCAUAGAAACACCUCCUAUCAAGCUUUUCUGAACAAAAGGAUUGCUUGUGAGAGGCAGACCCAUCUCACUAUCUGCACUGGGGCGAUGGCAUCACGUUUGGAUGUGGAUAGUGACGCUGGCUCUGUUCGCGGUGUAUUCAUUCAUGCUGCAACCCCCGGUAAACCCAGCAAAGACUUCUAUGUGAAGGCACGGAGGGAGGUAAUCGUUUGCUGCGGAGGGCUCCGAACUCCUCAGAUCCUCAUGCUCAGUGGAAUUGGACCUCGGGAUGAACUGCAAGCGAAAGGAAUUACUCCAGCGCAGGACCUGCCUGUUGGCAGAACUUUGUCUGACCACUACGCAUUUCCCAUCAUGCUUGAGCUGCCAAAGCGGGAAACACUGCACAUUCUCGAGUCUACGAUAUUCGUUUUAUGGAAUUUGCUGCUCUGGCUAAUCUUCAGUACAGGGCUUGUCAGCAGCGGGUCGAACUACAGCACUAUUUUCGUCCGCAGCGGCGCCAUCGACGAUAAGACCAUGGCCAUCCAGGAGCGCAUCCCUGGACAUGAUGACAGCAGUCAAGGAGCAGACAAUAUGGACAUCUCACAGCCACGAAACGUACCAGACAUAGAGGUGAUGCUUUUUGCCGUCAAUGGCUUUAAGCGACCUCUCCCAGGCCGCACACUCUUCAGCCUCUAUGCUUGCGUCGUCCAGCCACAUUCGACAGGCCGAGUUGAAUUAGCAGACUCUGACUCACUGUCACAUCCUCGGGUUACCCAUCCAGUACUCCGUGAUGAACGAGACUGGCCUGUAGCGCGAAAGGCAGUUCGUUUUACCAUGCGCCUAGCCCAGGAGUUUCAGAACUCCGGGUAUCCCUAUCCGGCCCCGUUUGCCUUCGCGCCUGGCAACAAUCUGGACAAACUUGCCGAUCCACAGGGAUUACAGAUUCCCGCAACUCCACAGACGCCGCCGUCCUCGGGAGCCGCCAAGACCUGGGAGAGUGUUACAGACAACGAGAUCGAUAGGUACAUUCGGAGCGUCGCUACUGUCAGCCUUCAUCCUAGUUGCUCCUGUCGCAUGUCCAAUGAUCCAAGAUUGGGCGUCGUUGACCAGCGGCUUCGAGUCCAUGGGCUUGACAACUUGCGUAUUGCGGACACCAGCGUCUUCCCGCGUAUGUUAAGCUCCCACACCAUGUGGCCCGCGAUCAUGGUUGGCGAGAGGUGUGCGGACUUCAUCACACGGGAUUGGAACUUGGAGUAAUGGCAAGGAACAGUUUUAUUGACGAUACGCGGCAAGAUCUGUGGAGUACUAUCAUAGGUGGUCGACCCCUGACCCUGGCAUCGGUCCGUCAAAGUAGCUUAAGGAGAAUGUACAAAGCUCGCAAUUGCAUUGGAACUCCCACCCAUCUGCACGAAAAGUGGUUGUACAUAAAUUCACGUAGCAUUAACUUCGUCUAGGCAAGUGAGGCGGUCGGUAGGAUGAGGGUGUGUAAGAUAUGGGGUGAGUUUGGGUCUUCAUUGCAAUGAACUUGAAUCUUGAGCUAGUCAGCCGUUGUCUAUACGACAGACAGAGCCUUGCAAGGGCGAACG